UGGUUUUUAAAUAAUUUAUAUUAUUGUUAUUAUUAUUAUUAUCAUCAGAAUUAUUAAGGCAAUUUUUCUUGUAUAUAUUCGUUUUGCAGAAAAAAUCCUCUGGAUUUUAAAUUGAUGAUGGAAGGGUCAGCAAGCCGAUCAGAGUUGCAAAAGGAGCUAGAGAGGGAACGUCGUCGCAUGAGGGACCGCCAAAGAAGGCAGUCUAUGAGCCUUGAGGAGAGAGAAAAGCAUCUGGCUAGACGCCGAAGAAACUAUCAAUUGCGGAGACAGAGAGCUGAAACUGCUCGAUUAAACCCUUCUCCAUCUCCAAUUCAAUUGCCCUUAAGUAAUGCCGUAACUUGUGUUUCAGAUGUUACUCCUCAGUUAAUGCUGCUGCGGCUCUCGUCGGAUCCAAACAUGGACAAGAAAGACCAAUGCUGGACACGAGAAGCUCCCAGUGUUUGGAAAUCCCGGCUCAUAAAUUAGCUAUUUUACCUGGAAAGAUACGUUUGAAUCGCAUAAAACAUCUGGUACGAGCAAUAAAUGCUCCUGUUGGUGACAGGGUUGCAAUUGGUGGGAUCAUGAAGGAAAAUGGAACUUCCAAUUGUUUAAUAUCCAAAGGAUUGCGAUUAAAUCGUAUUAAACGUCUUGCUCGGGCACUAAAUCCUGCUGUGCAAGAGACUCUUAGUCAAAGCCAUCAAAGUGUAACAGAUGGUAAGAAUGCAUAUGUAAAUUCUUUAGUUUGUACCAUGUCACACAAAAUUAAUUGUUCUUUGCUAAAGUUUUUCGCUUUCAAAACUUUGAAUUCAUAAUGCAAUCUUUAGAGUAGCUGAAAAGAGCAGCUUUAGGGAGAAACUCGUUUGAUACGUGAUAAUGUGUAAUUUUAAACAGUUGAACAAUCUUAAAGUUGAAGAUGAUGAUUUUUAACAAAUUAUAGUUUUUGGUGGCAUUCUUAUAAACUAAUAGUUGCUUUAAUGAUGCAAUUUAGUUGGUUCAACAGGAGUAUUUUUGAGAAGGAUAAUGACAAGUUUUUGCUAUUAUGUUUAGGGUGAACAUCGCUGUUGUAAUGCUGAAGACAGACAGGCAUUUUAAUCAGUCAUAUACAAAUUUAUUUUGGCUCCUCCCCUCAUUCUUUCAAUUGAAGAUUUGUAAGUUUAUUACACUAGUUAAUUCUUUCAGAGUCUCUUGCCGAUAGUUGAUAUUCUUUUGCUGUUGCAUUGCAUAUUCAACUGAUGACAUCAAAACUUUUUGUCUGUAGUCUUAUUAUGUAAUUUGCCUGAAAUGGAUGAAAUUUAUGUAUGAAAGUAAAGUUUUAGCAGUUGUGGUUUAAUAAUUGGUUAAGCUACUUUCAGAGAGGAUUUUUUUUCUUUUUUGGAUCCCAUACCCCUUAUACAAUAUAUUGGCUGCUAGAAGAUUUGUCUCUUUAGUUAUAAUUCAUAGAACAACCUAAUGUAUUAGCUCUGCAAUAUUUAUCCACUGGUUCAGAAAAAAUUGAUUCUUAAGAAACUGGGAUUUCGAGAAUAUUAGUUUAACCAAGCUUCUUCGUUGUUUUUUGCUAGUUAAGUUUUCAUAUUCCUAUUCAUAAAAGGAUUCAUUCACCUUAUACAAAGAACCGCUCUUUACUCCCACCUACGCUGAAAUUCCUACACAUGGUGACAGAGGUCAGAGGGAGAUAAUUAAGGGCUUUUGGCUUUAUCAUGCUUCUAUAGUCCUUAGAACUAAUAUUUCCUUUGAAUUUGAAGCUUGAAUAUGAUGUUCUUAAUUAUUUACAUAUGCCUUCUUUCUGAUGUUACUCAUUCUUUCUUUGCCAUUUUAUCAAGGGCUCAUGAUCAAACUUCACGAUCAUCUUGAUGCUCUCCACUCUCCAGCAUGGAUUGAUAUUGAAAGGAAUGUCUAUGAUUUGAUCAAUGCCGGCGUGCCAAUUAACUAAGAGGGAUUUGGGCUGGGAAAGAGGGCAUUAUCCGUUGUCAUUUAUGCUUCAUCACCAUCCCCAUGCACGUUUUAAGUAUCUGUCUGGGUCAUUUUGUUUUUCCGAUGUAGUUUCCUGAUGAA